GAGCGGGGCGGGCGGAGUCGCGACGGGGUCUCCGUGCUCCCGGCAAAGUUCUUUACUCGCAAUCGCUCCGGCCCUGCGGGCGCAGGAGGGGCCGCCCCGCCGGCGCUCCCGGCGCGGGGAGGGAGAAGGGCCCGCGCUCGCUGAUGACCACAAAUGUUAGCGGUGGGGCAGAUGGAUGCUAAUCGCCAGAGCGCGUUCGUCCUCAGUAGUACGCCGCUGGCCGCGCUGCACAACAUGGCCGAGAUGAAGACCUCCCUCUUCCCCUACACCCUGCAGAACCCCUCCGGCUUCAAGGCACCGGCCCUGGGCGGACUCAACACGCAGCUCCCCUUGGGGACGCCGCACGGAAUAAGCGACAUCCUGGGGCGGCCGGUGGGCACCGCCAGCAACCUGCUGGGCGGGCUGCCCCGCAUCAACGGACUGGCGGCUUCGGCGGGGAUGUACUUCAACCCCGCCGCCGUCUCCCGGUACCCGAAGCCGCUGGCGGAGCUGCCGGGGAGGCCGCCCAUCUUCUGGCCUGGAGUGGUGCAGGGAUCGCCCUGGAGAGACCCCCGACUCGCCUGUCCCGCUCAGACGGGAAUGGUUUUGGACAAGGACGGCAAGAAGAAACACUCGCGACCGACUUUCUCUGGGCAGCAGAUAUUUGCUUUGGAGAAAACCUUCGAACAGACGAAAUACCUGGCAGGACCGGAACGAGCCCGUCUCGCCUACUCCCUGGGGAUGACCGAAAGCCAGGUGAAGGUCUGGUUCCAGAACAGACGGACCAAGUGGCGGAAGCGGCACGCGGCAGAGAUGGCCUCGGCAAAAAAGAAGCACGACUCGGAGACGGAGAAGCUGAAGGAGAGCUCGGACAAUGAGGAUGAUGACGAAUACAACAAGCCCCUGGACCCCAACUCAGACGACGAAAAAAUCACGAGGCUAUUGAAAAAGCACAAAUCCACGAACCUGUCCCUCGUCAGCCCCUGCAGCACCAGCUCGGACACCUUGUGAGGGUGCGGGCACUGACAGCCGCUCCCAGCCGCCGCAGUGGGUGACGGAGAUGAAUAGUACCUGGAUGUUUAAAGUGGUGUGUUGUACAGACUAAGAUGUAUGUGAAAUGUAUAUAUUUUUUACAGAAUAAGUUAUGAAAUUAUUUUCUUUCUCAUCGAUGUAUAUUUCAGAGGAAUUUUUCCAACUUCUUGGUUUUUGUUUUGUGACCUUUAAGGUUUGCCUCUCUUUUAGCCUUCUUGCUGAUUUCCUGCUCCUAACAAUCAGAUUUUGUUACAUUUUGUAUGGAUCGCCAAAUCCAAGCUCAGCCAGUUUGUAUAUAGUAAAUUUCAGAUUUUGUGAUGUAUAUUUCUAGUGUAAAAAAAAAAAAACGGCUGUUUUCUUUCACCCCCUCCCUCUAUUCAGUGUUUUGGCAGUUAGAUUUCUCCUGCCUCUGGAUUUUAUGCUUAAUAAUAUCAAAACAGAAAAAAAAAACCACGAGAGAAAAACAGACACUUAAUUUUACCUUGGGAUCAAUUAAUGUCUCCACACGGGUUGGAAAGACUUUGUAUAAAUCAAUAAAUUAUUUAACAAGC